AUGCUGCCUUUGCAUGCGAGAAGGAACGGAAGUCAAACAACCAAUCGUCACUCUGAGUGCAUUGGGCUCAAACCGUUGCUGCUCGAGCUGGGGCUCGAUGUUGGCAAGCUAAUCGUCCACGAGGACAAUCAAGCGGCUCAACAUGUUGCAAAAGGAAAAGGUCGCUCGCGUCACAUUGAUCUGCGUUACCACUGGGUGCGUGAGCAAGUACAGCGCAGGAUCAUCCAGAUACGCUAUUCCAAGUUCAACACGUUCAUCACGACGCGGCUUGGCAUGGGCCGAGUGGGAGUGUCGGAGCGUGCUACUCUGUAA